AUGCACAACAAAAGGGAUGGAAAAGUGGCUGUUGGUGCUGAGACAGAUAGGCACAAGGGGAAAAUCACGAGGAGCACAGCAAAGCAAAAGCUUGGAAGACGGAUGGAUUCAUGGAUGCUUGAGAUCGAGCGAUUUGGUAACGUGGCACUGACAGCCCCGGGAUGGCGCGGCGUUGGUUGUCACGGUUGUGCAAAAAUUGUCGAUAAUCUCGAUAUUCCAAUCCACCAAGAGCCAACAUGGCAGGAGACAGCAAAGACGACGCUACGGGGCAAUAGGGACCGCGACUGGCCCAUCUGCUUGUCCACUUCUUUAGCUUCUCAUGAAUUCCUGGCUGUCGGUCUUCGUCGUACCAGAAAUCGCCAUGGGCGGCCCAGAGCUACCCCACCAAUAAUCGGAAAGUUACCGAUCGAGGCUCCUGAACCCUGCGCCUCAUGUGGAAAAGAAUAG